CCACCUCUUACGGCCAACUACCUCCUUCCGAUACUUGUAAUCGCAUAUCAGUCGCCAUGGAGAACGUCAAAGAUUUCGCCGAUAUGCCCGCUGAGUUCCUCAGGGAGGGUACUCUUUUCAUGAACCGCUGCACCAAGCCAGACAAGAGGGAGUUCAUCAGGAUCUCGCAAGCAGUAGGAAUUGGUUUCCUGAUCAUGGGCGUCAUCGGCUACGUCGUCAAGCUUAUCCACAUCCCCGUAAACAACAUCCUCGUCGGCGGCUCAUAGAUUUCGUACCAUCGCAAACACGUCGAUUUAUCUUCACUUCAAAUUCUCCGACUCCGAAAGGGUUCCACCAUGAACCCCUCUUUUUUUGUGACUGCGCUGAGGGCACUGGGGAAGGCAGGCUGAACAUGGCGCAUGUUCAUGUGGGGCUGCGCACGCGCAUGAGGCUGUAUUAUAAAGGCAUCUAGGGAGCGGGAGUUUGAUUAUAUCCAAUCGAUACACGCGCAAACUUCGAUUUGCGCUCUGUUCACAAACCUUCUUGCGCGAUCAGUAGCAGCGAUUCCGAGGUAGUUUUGCACCUUGGACGUAUUGGAACGACUUACAAUAUGAAGACUUGAUUCCCAGAA